AUGAAAAUUCAGAAGCACCUACUGAAGCUUGUUAGAGUCCAGAGAAUUAUGGCCAUCAGAGUGUGCAGUGCGUACCGAACCAUCUCAGCCGAAGCUGUAAGGGUCAUUGCAGGGAUACCACCCAUAUACCUGCUAGCCAGAGAAAGAGCCGAAACGUACGAAGGCAAGGAGAAACAGGAGGCAAGAAAAGACCUUAUGGUCAUGUGGCAAGAGGAGAUGUCAGCUGGUAGACAUGGGGGAUGGACUUACGAGCUCCUGCCGCUCAUAGAGGUAUGGUUAAAUCGUCCAUAUGGAGAAGUCGACUAUUAUCUCACACAGGCGCUUUCGGGACAUGGCUGCUUUCGAAAGUAUCUGUUUGAUCGCAAUCGAGCACCAAACGAUAAAUGCCCUACUGUGGCGAUGUAG